UUAAUUUAUUUAUUAUGAACACAGACUUCUAUACUAAGUAUAGAAGUGUAGUAUUGAAGUCUGUGAUUAUGAACUACAACAACAAAAUUCAACAACUACAACAACAUUGAUUAUUGAACCACAAAUUAUAAUAAUAAAUACAUUCCAGAUUUUUGAGCAGAUAUUCUAUCAUGUGCAUAAUAUAUAUGAGUAGUUUUCAGUGUUUAAUAUAAUAACGACUACUCUUGUUGGCCAUAUAUCUUACAUGAUUGUUUAUACAUACAGUGGCAUCCAACCAUAUUGCUAGAUGUAGCAGCCGCUACCUACACCUAGAAAAUAAGAGGUGGAAUUAAUUAAACAAUAAAAUGUCUGCCCUUGCAUCAUUGACCGCAAACUAUACAGACUCUGAAGAUGAAGGAGCUACACCAAGCCAACGUAGUGAACGUAGACAUAGUGAAGAAAUACCUACUUUAAAUGAAUCGCAGCAAGAACAAAUACCCAGUCCACAGUUACAAAUACCAAAUUCAGCUCCAGCAGUAACAAACCCAGAAGACGACAAAAAGACUAAUAAUUUAGUAUCGUAUUUUGAAGAUCAUGAUAUUGUGAUGUCAGAUGAGGAAAUAGAUAGACGUUCAGAUAUAGAUGAAGAAGACAUAUUACCACCUGAACCUCAUGGUAAAUGCUCUAAAGAAUUGCAGGAUAAAAUUGCAAGAUUGCACGAAAAAAUGGAAAAAGAUGGCAUGGACUUGAAUUUUUCAAUACAAAAUAGAAAAAAUUUCCGGAACCCAAGCAUAUAUGAAAAACUAUUACAAUUUUGUAACAUUAAUGAACUGGGCACAAAUUAUCCCCCCCAUUUAUAUGAUCCUCUCAGAUGGGGUAAGGAAUCAUUUUAUGAAGAACUUGGACGCUUGCAAAAAGAAGAUAUGGAAAAGAGACAAAAAGAAAGGAAAGAAAAAACCAAAGUCGAGGUUGUUUCUGGUACUAAAAAAACAUCAGUUAGUGUUCCAAAUGCUUCAAAUAAUUCCCACAAACAAGAUGACAAAAAAAGUAAAUGGGACCUUACAACAUCAGUAACAGGUACCAAAGGAACAGUCAUCUCAGCUUUUGGUUCAUUACCAAAAAAACAAAAAUUGGAUAUUCAUUAAGAUGGUUAAUAUGAUUGUAAAUAAUAAAUAAACAAAUUUCAUGUGAAUUUUAUUUUUCAAAAUUAUUUUGAUUAAACAUUGACUAGUUUUAACUGAUAGUAAUAAGUUUUGUAAUAAAAAACUUUGUGUUUGGGAGUA